AUGGGCUCAAAUUCGAAAGUGACUUUGUUUCCCUGGGAUCCCAACUCAGACGUUCAUGUGAAAUGUCUUGUAUCGCAGCGAGUCGAAUGCAGUUGGGACCAGGAAAAAGUCGAGCCGAAAUGGAAAAAGCAACAGCUCAAAGGCGAGAAGUGCAUUUAUUGGAUCAAAGAUGGAAUGCUUCAUGACACUGCCACGACAAUCAAUGCUGUCCAACGCCAGCCGACAAACGAAAGCUUCAUCCCUAUUGGCCAUAUCUCACUAGACUCCAAGAACCCCGAUGCAGAGCACAUUGAGUUUAACCUGCCAGCCGAGAACAUCUUCUGGAUAAAGACUUUCUAUGUCAGGCAAUCCAUCCAGGGUCAGGGAAUCGGGCGAGCUGCAAUGGAUGAGAUCGAGGCUAUGGCAGUUCGAGAGCCACUACUAGCCAAGAUAUUGAUGCUAGACACGGUUCAGAAAGACGACCAGAAGAGAGAAGAUUUUGCGAAUGUGACAUAUGGUGGUGUUCCAAAGGCAAGUCUGAUUGUACAAUUUGAGGUCCUCGGUCAAGUAACUUACCGUCUGCAGACUACGAAUGAGGAAUGUGCUUCCAGCCCGGGCUCAGGUUCACUGGGGAAUGGGCGUUUCUUCGCGCCAUUAGAACCACCCUCAGCUCUUCCUGGAUAUCUGGGCUCGACAAGCUACUCUGCGGUUCUGACUGAGCACCGCAGUGAUAUUUCGUUCGAGCCCGAAGAGAGCACAGAUUCCUCUGCGGGGUUGGUAGUAGAACCCGAUCGACUCCAAUCCGGGGUUGAUGUACUGCGGUUUUUGUACAAUCUCACUGUGUGUGAUAUGCUGAUUGCACGGUUCUAUGUUCGGACACUAAACGUCGUCGUUCCCAAAAUGGUAAUGGACGAACUUCUGCGCUCGGUGCGCCAAAUCUUCGAUGGGUUCUCUAGUGAUCCAACAGCACAACUGCAAGAGUUGGCGAAUCAAAUAUUUCAAAAUACCUCCCGACCGAUGCAGACGCAUAAGUCUAUGUCACCCGAGGAGUAUUGCUCCUCUUUCACCGGUCGCAAUCUCCGGUGGGAGGCCCUUGGGUCUAUCUUCACACUUUGCGGAAUGCAAUUGAUCAUUACGCCAGCCAACGACCCUGACAUCACGCAGGGCUCGGAUGAUCCUCGAGCAAAAGACCGGUUACUAGAGCAGACCACUGUCAUAAGUACAGUAUGCCUUGGUUUCUGUGACCAGACAUCGUCGGCAAACGAAUUGCUAGCAAUGUUGCAAUAUAAUGAUGCUAUGUUGCGAACCCAACAAUAUGGUGAUUCCAGCUACCAAGCAUGGUGUCGAUUGGGUGACCUUGUAUCCACGAUUUAUGCAGCUGGGCUACACUUGGAGACUAGUGGCAGUGAGAGUUGCCCAUUCUUUCUUCGCCAGUGGCGGAGGCGCUGCUUUGUUGCCGCCUUCUACAUGGACAAAAUGAUAGCAUCAUUUGUUGGACGACCGCCACUGUUGAACGGUCGAUUCUGCACACUCGCUGCUCCGUUAGAUCUGAGCGACGAGGUUCUGAUUGCGGGUGGAGAUGUCCUCAGCAAGGCUAUCUCGGAGCUAGACAGUGCCGGAUGGAAUACUGAAGGGAAGUUACACCUAGUAACCCCAACUCGUCUACGCUUUCAGCUGGCUAUCAUUCGGGAAGAAACUCUUGAGGUUGUACUGGGAACUCGCGAGCAACACAAUUUAAUCCAGAAGUCCGAAGAGAUCCAAGCAAAAUCGCGCGCCAUAUGGCAAUCAACUCCGGAUCAACUUCGAUAUGACCGUCGAUCGAAGGAACAUUUCUAUGAUGGGUGGCUUACCAUUGUCUAUUUCUAUUUGGACUAUCUAAUGACUUGCUUUUUGCUCUAUCGAGCAGUCGUCAAGCAUACGAACACCGGACAGGCCGAUCUUUGCGACGUAUCUCGUCGGGUACUAGCCAUUGUCAUUCAGAUUAAUUCGUUCCGAACCCCAAUGGUCGAUCUUGACCGGCACUUUUCUUGGAUCGUUCUCACGUACGGUGUUCCUUCCGCCAGCGUCCUUCUCCUUGAACUCCUACGCCAAUCGCAUGAGCCCGGUCCACACACCGUUCCUCUCCCGCGCGCUGAGCUGAUCCGAAACCUCAGCGUGGUUAUUUCUUUCCUGUCGUGGGUCGCAGGCCCCGGUCACGGCAACUAUCACACCUGCAAGCAAGCCGAGAAAAAGCUGUCUUGUAUCCUUGAUCAGCUACUCGAUCCAGAGCCCGUGCAGCAGCAUGUGGUGGACGAUGUCACAACAGGCCUCGACAAUUUCCUCAAUUGGUCGAACUACAAUACGAUAUGGGACUUCAACACUGAUUAUAUGCCUCUUGCCGAGAGCUUUGCGCCUUGA